AGCGAUCUUGCCAGCUUGUUGAUUUUCGUUUACAGAUUUUGGACGCGUGCUUCCCAAGCCGCAGAAAGUUUGGUAGCAUUAUUUAAUUUUGUUUAUCGUUUUGUUUGUUACCUCUUGAAAUCAUCCGAUUUGUAAAGAAUGGGCGAUGUCAUUAAAUCUCUUCGUGAAAAAUCACAGAAACGAAAAAAGUUACUGGCUCAAACGCUAGGAGUAUCGAGUGUGGAGGACCUAAAGCAUGUAUUAGGUACAGCAGAGGACACUCCAAUUAAUAAAUCACAGCGAUAUGAUGAUGAGGAAGCAAGCUCCUCCAAAAAGUCACAAUCAGAGGGAAUGGUUUACCGCGAUUCAUCCACCUUUCUGAAAGGAACACAAUCAUCAAAUCCUCAUAACGAUUACUGCCAACAUUUUGUCGAUACGGGUCAGCGACCACAAAACUUUAUUCGGGAUGUCGGAUUAGCCGACCGUUUCGAGGAGUAUCCGAAGCUGAGAGAGUUGAUUCGCUUGAAGGAUGAGCUAAUUUCGGAAACCGCUUCUCCUCCCAUGUAUUUACGCGCUGAUCUCAAAAAUUUCGAUUUGAAAACAUUGGGUACUAAAUUCGAUGUGAUUUUGAUUGAACCUCCGCUGGAGGAAUACGCUCGUGGUGGUGCCGCUGUUGCGGCUGGAGCUCCCCGAAACUUUUGGUCCUGGGAUGAAAUCCUAGCUCUCGAUAUCGGUGAGGUAGCAGCGCAUAGAAGUUUCGUUUUUCUUUGGUGUGGCAGCUCAGAAGGGUUGGAUAUGGGAAGGAAUUGCCUGCGAAAAUGGGGCUUUCGUCGCUGCGAGGACAUCUGCUGGAUUAGAACAAAUAUUGACUCUCCUGGUCAUUCGAAAAUACUCGAGCCUAAAGCAGUGUUCCAGCGUACCAAAGAGCACUGUCUAAUGGGUAUCAAAGGUACGGUGCGGCGUUCAACAGACGGCGAUUUUAUCCAUGCUAAUGUGGACAUCGAUUUGAUCAUCUCGGAGGAAGCCGAUUUCGGUAGUUUAGAGAAACCAAUCGAGAUUUUCCAUAUUAUCGAGCACUUCUGUUUGGGACGUCGAAGGCUACACAUCUUUGGACGUGAUUCGACUAUUCGCCCGGGUUGGGUCACCAUUGGACCGGAGUUGACCAAUUCGAACUUCAACAGUGAAUUGUACGCAAAUUCGUUCGAAGAGAACCCGACCACCGGUUGUACCGAACGGAUUGAGGCCCUAAGACCGAAGAGUCCUCCGGCAAACGGAAAGGUUUUGCGUGGCCGGGGUAGAGGAUUCUCUCGUAUAAGAGGAAGAAGCAGGGUUUAAUCGGAAACGCUCUUGUUAAGAAGUUUAUUUCAAAACCUUGAUAUACACAUAUAUUUGACUCUAGAGAGGAUCUACUUUCAAUUAUAUUCACAAUCACAAAUAAAACGGAAUGCGUUUGUAAAUAAA